UGGGAGGAGGGGGGAGCUCGGCGUCCCGCUCCCUCCGCGGCUCAUGGCGACGACGCUCGGCACAUCCGGGACCCUCCGGCCGUGGCGGCCGCGGCGCCGGCUGCUCGGGCCGCAACCCCGGCCGCUGUGGUGACUCCGCCGCGCCUCACCGUCGCCCCCGCUCCGCUCGCCGCCCGCCGGCCCUGGGCCCCGCGCCGACGGCCGCAGUCCGGCCGCCCCCGCCGCUGGGGACAUGUCUAAUCCCGGGGGCCGGAGGAACGGGCCCGUCAAGCUUCGCCUGACAGUACUCUGUGCAAAAAACUUGGUGAAAAAGGAUUUUUUCCGACUUCCGGACCCAUUUGCUAAGGUGGUGGUUGAUGGAUCUGGGCAAUGCCAUUCUACAGAUACUGUGAAGAAUACACUUGAUCCAAAGUGGAAUCAGCAUUAUGACUUGUAUAUUGGAAAGUCUGAUUCAGUUACGAUCAGUGUAUGGAAUCACAAGAAGAUUCAUAAAAAACAAGGUGCUGGAUUUCUUGGUUGUGUUCGUCUUCUUUCUAAUGCCAUCAACCGCCUUAAAGACACUGGUUAUCAGAGGUUGGAUCUCUGCAAACUUGGGCCAAAUGACAAUGAUACAGUUAGAGGACAGAUAGUAGUAAGUCUUCAGUCCAGAGACCGGAUAGGCACAGGAGGACAAGUUGUGGACUGCAGUCGUUUGUUUGACAAUGAUUUACCAGAUGGCUGGGAAGAAAGGAGAACUGCCUCUGGAAGAAUCCAGUAUCUAAACCACAUAACAAGAACUACACAGUGGGAACGCCCUACACGACCGGCAUCUGAAUAUUCUAGUCCUGGCAGACCUCUUAGCUGCUUUGUUGAUGAGAACACUCCAAUUAGUGGAACGAAUGGUGCAACAUGUGGACAGUCAUCAGAUCCCAGACUGGCAGAGAGGAGAGUCAGGUCACAACGACAUAGAAAUUACAUGAGCAGGACACAUUUACAUACUCCUCCAGACCUACCAGAAGGCUAUGAACAGAGGACAACACAACAAGGUCAGGUGUAUUUCUUACACACUCAGACUGGUGUGAGCACAUGGCAUGACCCCAGAGUGCCUAGGGAUCUUAGCAACAUCAAUUGUGAAGAGCUUGGUCCUUUGCCUCCUGGAUGGGAGAUCCGUAAUACGGCAACAGGCAGAGUUUAUUUUGUUGACCAUAACAACAGAACAACACAAUUUACAGAUCCUCGGCUCUCUGCUAACUUGCAUUUAGUUUUAAAUCGGCAGAACCAGUUGAAAGACCAGCAGCAACAGCAAGUGGUAUCCUUAUGCCCUGAUGACACAGAGUGCCUGACAGUCCCACGGUACAAGCGAGACCUGGUUCAGAAGCUGAAAAUUUUGCGGCAAGAGCUUUCCCAGCAGCAGCCUCAGGCUGGCCAUUGCCGCAUUGAGGUUUCCAGGGAAGAGAUUUUUGAGGAGUCAUAUCGACAGGUCAUGAAAAUGAGACCAAAAGAUCUCUGGAAGCGAUUAAUGAUAAAGUUUCGUGGAGAAGAAGGUCUUGACUACGGAGGGGUUGCCAGGGAGUGGUUAUAUCUCUUGUCACAUGAAAUGCUGAAUCCAUACUAUGGCCUUUUCCAGUAUUCAAGAGAUGAUAUCUAUACAUUGCAGAUCAAUCCUGAUUCUGCAGUUAACCCGGAACACUUAUCAUAUUUCCACUUUGUUGGACGAAUAAUGGGAAUGGCUGUGUUUCAUGGACAUUACAUCGAUGGCGGUUUCACGUUGCCUUUUUACAAACAGUUGCUUGGGAAGUCAAUUACUUUGGAUGACAUGGAAUUAGUUGAUCCAGAUCUUCAUAACAGUUUAGUGUGGAUACUUGAGAAUGAUAUUACAGGUGUUUUGGAUCAUACCUUCUGUGUUGAACAUAAUGCAUAUGGGGAAAUUAUCCAGCAUGAACUUAAACCAAAUGGGAAGAGUAUUCCUGUUACUGAAGAAAAUAAAAAGGAAUAUGUCAGGCUGUAUGUGAACUGGAGGUUUUUACGAGGCAUUGAGGCGCAAUUCCUGGCUCUGCAGAAAGGAUUUAAUGAAGUAAUUCCACAGCAUCUGCUGAAGACAUUUGAUGAGAAGGAGUUAGAGCUCAUUAUUUGUGGACUUGGAAAGAUAGAUGUUAACGACUGGAAGGUAAACACCCGGUUAAAACACUGUACACCAGACAGCAAUGUUGUCAAGUGGUUCUGGAAAGCUGUGGAGUUUUUCGAUGAAGAGCGACGAGCACGGUUACUUCAGUUCGUGACAGGAUCGUCAAGAGUGCCUUUGCAAGGCUUCAAAGCCUUACAAGGUGCUGCAGGCCCACGACUCUUCACCAUCCACCAGAUUGAUGCCUGCACGAAUAAUCUGCCCAAAGCCCACACGUGCUUCAAUCGAAUAGACAUUCCGCCCUAUGAAAGCUAUGAAAAGUUAUAUGAAAAGCUGCUAACAGCCAUCGAAGAAACAUGUGGAUUUGCUGUGGAAUGACAAGCUUCAAGGAUUUACCCAGGACUCUAUUUAUACCCCUGACAGCCUCCUUUCAGCAGAGUUUCAAGGAAUGCUGAAAUACAGGAAAAUGCCCCUCCCCUUUUAAAUUUUAGGACACUGUGAGGGGAAAGGACAAUUUUGAAAUUCCUUUUCAAGGGAAAAAAAAAAGAGGUCUUUAUGCUUUGCCAUGAGGCCGCAUUCAGCUGCUAUUUAAAAUUAAUAUCUUGAACCUAAAGAAUGCUGACUUUUCCUACAUUUCCAGAGUUAGGCAGUAUUCUACACUUAAAGACUACUAUUAUUUUUAUAAAAGGUAACCUAUUCAAAUCGCUUCACAGAUUUCAAGUCUCUGAAACAUCAAGACAACUUCAGCAGUCGGUACAAGUCACAUUUCAUUUUGAUUGAAUACAUGAUUUUGAA